CUUCUUCCUGAGUAUAAAUAGGAGCAGAACACUUCCUCUCUUCUGUCUCUGAGACACUCUGUCUCUGUCUGGAGAAUGAGGUCCUUGAAGCACCUGAAACAUCACAACAGGAAGAAUGUGGAGGAAGCCAGCAGGCGCCUGGUUAGAUGUGAGCCCAGGGAGAUGGCCAGACAGGUUGAUUCUGGCACUCAGACUGAUCCUGUGGUGGUUCUGUCUCUAGCCCAGGCUGCUGUUCUGGGGCUCAUCUCUCAGAAUGAGGUGUUUGGUGCUACCAUCGCUCCUAAUGGCUUCUACACAGGAGAACCUAAAGAGUCCCCUGCCCUGCCUGUAGAGGGGGUGGAUUACGAAUACGCUGAUCAGCUGAUAGGAGCUAACGGAGAUUACCUGGGAGAAAACCUGCCUGAAGACGGACACAUGCAGCCCAGCUGUAGCCAGAGGAGGUGGCACGGACCAUCCCCCGAGGGGAAGAUGGUAGGGCCCGAGCGCCAUGCUGGAGUGCCUGUGGACGGGUCAUCCCAAGUGAAAGGAGAAGGGGUUAUCACUGGCCUGACGUCCUGUGUUCACAUGCUGAACAACCUGGCUACUACUAGAGGGGGAUUGGUCCAGGUUGACCCCGCCUCUCUCCGUGCCGCCGCCCAAAAAGGCUGUGCCGAGUGUGACAGAGACAUGUCCAGCCAGCAGGCUAACACACACCCUCACACACACUCCCAGGCAGGGCACAGCCAUAAAGGGGAGCCGGGGCAUCGAGGCCUGCAGGGGCAGAGGGGGCAUCAGGAGAGAGCAAGGGAGGAGGAGGAAGAGGGAGAGCAGGGAAACAGCCUGAUGAAAGGAGGACAGGAGGAGACUAUCAGCAGCUACUUCCAGUCCAGCGAGGUGGGGGGGUACGAGGGGGGGGAGAUCUACCAUGAGAACAGCCAGGGUAUGAUGUGGGGCAACCAGCUGGAGCAGGGGGUAGGGGGAAGAGGAGGAGCAGGAGCAGGAAGAGGAGGGACCCAUCGUCACCACGGCCGGAGGGUUGACCGUCUAGACAUCAACAUCCAGAUAGAUGAGUCGUACUGCGUGGACAUGGGGGAGGGGCUGAAGAGAUGGAAGUGCCGUAUGUGUGAAAAGUCUUACACUUCCAAGUACAACCUGGUAACUCACAUCCUGGGUCACCAGGGCAUCAAGCCCCACGCCUGCCCCCACUGUGGGAAGCUGUUUAAACAACCCAGCCACCUGCAGACCCACCUGCUCACCCACCAGGGAACUAGGCCUCAUAAAUGCACCGUGUGUAAGAAGGGCUUCACCCAGACCUCCCACCUGAAGAGACACAUGCUGCAGCACACCGACGUCAAACCUUACAGCUGCCGCUUCUGUCGCCGUGGCUUCGCCUACCCCAGCGAGCUCCGCGCCCACGAGACCAAACACGAGCGCGGGCGCUGCCACGUGUGUUCCCAGUGUGGCAUGGAGUUCCCCACCUACGCCCAUCUGAAGCGCCACCAGACCAGCCACCAGGGACCAACUAGUUACCAGUGUACAGAGUGCAACAAGUCCUUCACCUACCGCAGCCAGCUGCAGAACCAUCUACUGAAACACCAGAGUCCUCGGCCAUACUCCUGUUCCCACUGUGGGCUGGAGUUUGUCCAGCUACACCACCUCCGCCAGCACGCCCUCACACACAAGGGAAUGAAGGGUCAUAAGUGUGAGGUGUGUUCCCGUGAGUUCACCUUGUCAGCCAACCUGAAGAGACACAUGUUGAUCCACAACAGCGUCAGACCCUUCCAGUGUCACAUCUGCUUCAAGAGCUUCAUCCAGAAACAGACGCUCAAAACGCACAUGAUCGUCCACCUGCCCGUCAAACCCUUCAAAUGCAAGGCAUUUGUUUCUGGUCCUACAACAAAACGCCUGUACAAAGCCCCCACGCUGUCACUCAAACGUAUUCUGACUGCCUGCCAGGUGAAAAUCUUUACCUGUCUGUGUUUAGGCUACCUGCCCCUCCCCCCUCCGAAGCAUAGGCUACUGUACUGAGUACCAGCUUGAUUCAGAAGAUAGGGA